AUCAGAAUUUAUUGCAACACAGUCUUCCAAGCAGAACAGACCCAAGGUCUUCCAAUUGCAGUAUCAUCCAAUACAAUAGACAGUCAUGCAGCAUCCACAUCCCAUUGACCAGCCCACCUACAUGCCGGAUGUUCCAUUCCAGCCGCUUUGGGGUCAGGAGGCUCCACCGCCGCCCAUUGUUCCAUACCAAGAGCUCAUCGCCGGUUUUCCCUGCACCGACUUGUCUCUGUGGCAGCGCUCGCAAGUAACUCCUUUGGUGCCCCAGCGUCCGUCGACAAAUGGGAGGGCCAACGGCUCCUCCAGCUCCUCGAAGAAAACGCGUCGCCGUGUGGCAUCAAUGGCCCAACGGAGAGCUGCAAAUAUCCGCGAACGCCGUCGCAUGUUUAACCUAAACGAGGCCUUCGACAAGUUGCGCCGCAAGGUGCCCACCUUCGCCUACGAGAAACGACUGUCCCGCAUCGAAACCCUUCGCUUGGCCAUCACCUACAUCGGAUUCAUGGCUGAGCUGCUGAGCGGCACGCCCUCGAACUCCCACAAAUCGCGGUCCGACGUCUAUGGGAGUAUGAAUGGUCACCAUCAGGCGCCACCACCGGCAAUUCAUCCACAUCAUCUGCAUCCGGCGGCGGCAUAUCAACGCGAUUUCGCUUCGCCCUAUAAUCAUAGUUUGUCCUAGUGACAUUUCUCAGGAAAUCCAAUAUUCAAAUAAAUGCUAAAACUGCUUCUCGUCAGAUCAGUUUUGUUAAAAUAUUGUAAUUAUAGGAAUAGAUAAAUAAUGUUUUCUUAAAACUUUAUAUAUUGUUUAAAAAGCAAUAGAAAUAUUAAAAAAUAUUAAAAAG